AUGUCUGGCUGGUUCACCUCGUUCCUAAAUUGCCGUCUUUGCAUAGACGGUAAGUUGGUAGAAGAUCAGUUGGUUGUUUCUGACGAUACUGGUCUUAUCCUCCCUCGAACUGGAUAUAUCGGCGGUGAUGCAGUAGAUCUGGAAGAAGGCAUUAUUGCUCCUGGUCUGUUAGAGCUACACACAAAUGGCCUACUUGGGUUCCAUUUCACCCACUUCGACGAUGAGAAAGAGUAUGCUAGUCAGAUCGACAAGGCUGCCAAGUUUCUCGUUACACAAGGUGUUACUGGCUUCUGGGCUACCAUUCCGACAGUGGCCUCAGACGAAUACAAAAUGAUAUUGCCAUCUUUGAAGCCUAGGGCCAUUGAUGAUAGCGCGUCUCUACUCGGAGCACACGCGGAAGGACCUUACCUAGCACCAUCCAAGAAGGGCGCUCAUAAUUCAGACCAUUUCUUCGAUGGCAAUCGGUCGGCGGAGGAAGUGUAUGGGGUAUCAGCGACAUCGUCUGAGACUCUGAAAUUUGUGACUCUAGCUCCUGAGCUCCCGGAGUCGACACAACUCAUCAAAAGUCUUACAUCCAACGGCAUCAAAGUGUCGCUCGGUCAUAGCGCAGCCACCUAUGAGCAAGGUAUUGAGGGAGUGAAAGCUGGCGCGACUAUGUUAACGCAUACAUUGAAUGCGAUGACACCACUACACCACCGCGAUCCCGGACUUGCUGGACUUGUCACAACUGCCAAUACAGAUACUCACGAGAGCCCAUACUUCACGAUCAUCCCAGAUGGCAAUCACUUACACCCAAGCGUAGCGACGAUGCUGUUCCGAGCCAACCCCGAAAAGUGCAUCUUCAUCACUGACAGCAUUGAGCUUGCUGGACUGGAUGACGGCGUCUACCCUGGACACGCACAAAUACCGUUCAAACAGCGCAAAACGGGAUCGAAGGUAACCAUCGACGGGACAGACACGCUAGUGGGAGGGUGUGCCAGCUUACAGGAAUGCAUCCAAAACAUGAUGAAGUGGAGUGGAUGCAACGUAGCAGAGGCAGUGAGAUGUGUCACUGAGAAUGUGGCAGAUAUGAUGGGAGACACUAGCAGAGGCAAGCUAGAAGCAGGACGGAAGGCAGAUUUUGUGGUGUUGAACGAUGAAGGGGAAGUGCUACAGACGUGGGUGGCAGGUCUGAAGGUGUGGGAGAAGCGAUGA